CCCGCGCCGGCCCGCGCAGGCCCGGCCGGAGACCGGAGAGCGGAGGCCGCGCGCCGGGCCGGGCCGCCGCGGCGUCUUUUGUCCCGGAGCCUCCUGCGAGCUCGCUGCGGGACGCGCGGGGCCCCACGUCGCCGGCAUGGGGAGCGGACGCGGCGCGGGGGGCGUGCUGCUGGCCCUGGCUGCGGGGCUGCUGGCCGCGGGCUCGGCCAGCGAGUACGACUACGUGAGCUUCCAGUCGGACAUCGGCGCGUACCAGAGCGGGCGCUUCUACACCAAACCGCCGCAGUGCGUGGACAUCCCGGCGGACCUGCGGCUGUGCCACAACGUGGGCUACAAGCGGAUGGUGCUGCCCAACCUGCUGGAGCACGAGACCAUGGCCGAGGUGAAGCAGCAGGCCAGCAGCUGGGUGCCCCUGCUCAACAAGAACUGCCACAUGGGCACGCAGGUCUUCCUGUGCGCGCUCUUCGCGCCCGUGUGCCUCGACCGGCCCAUCUACCCGUGCCGCUGGCUCUGCGAGGCCGUGCGCGACUCCUGCGAGCCCGUCAUGCAGUUCUUCGGCUUCUACUGGCCCGAGAUGCUCAAGUGCGACAAGUUCCCCGAGGGGGACGUCUGCAUCGCCAUGAGCCCGCCCAAUGCCACCGAAGCCUCCAGGCCCCAAGGUACAACUGUGUGUCCUCCGUGUGACAACGAGUUGAAAUCCGAGGCUAUUAUUGAGCAUCUCUGUGCAAGCGAGUUUGCACUGAGGAUGAAAAUAAAAGAAGUGAAAAAAGAGAAUGGCGACAAGAAAAUUGUCCCCAAGAAGAAGAAGCCCCUGAAGCUGGGACCCAUCAAGAAGAAGGAACUGAAGAGGCUGGUGCUCUUCCUGAAGAACGGGGCCGACUGCCCGUGCCACCAGCUGGACAACCUGAGUCCCCACUUCCUCAUCAUGGGCCGCAAGGUGAAGGGCCAGUACCUGCUCACGGCAAUUCACAAGUGGGACAAGAAGAACAAGGAGUUCAAAAACUUCAUGAAGAAGAUGAAAAACCACGAGUGCCCCACUUUUCAGUCGGUCUUCAAGUGAUUCCCAGCGGGUGGGCAGGGGGAGCCCGAGGGGGACAGUGGACGCUCCUGGGGCCCAGGGCCACUCACACUGCUCCUGGCAGCCUUGUCCUCACUGCCUCCCCACCCCAGCCCCUUCCUAGCCUCCCACACCCACCCCAGGAUAGUCAGGUCAGGUAAGGAAGGCCACUCAAUUUAGGAAGGCUUUGGGCAGCUACACAUGGUGGGCGCAGGGCAGAGAGGAGCAGAGUUGUUGUCCCCAGAGGUACAGUCACUAAAGAGAAAGUUUCUGGAGAAGUCCUGUUUUCAGAAAAGAGAGACCGGGCAUCAGAAACUAAGUCCCAAGUCUUCUCAGUGUUGGAUGCGACUCGCUCAUGGCUGACCUGUGUCUUAGGAACUAGCAUGCUAGCUAUAGGGAAGUCUCAUCUCUCUCAGCUUCAGAGUAAUUUUUCUUUCUGUCUGCAUUGGAUAGGAACAGAUGCACCCACGCUCACUGUCUAAGAAGGUAACAGAAGGUAACAGGUGCAGGGAUGCGGAGUGCGUCCGCAGGAUGGAAUCACAGAAUGACUAGGCCAGGAGGAGGCCACUGUCGCGGAGCCCUCAGGCCCCAUGCGGUCUCGUGGUGGCUCCUGUCAGCCUGCGUGUGACCUCCCUCCUGAUGCCUCCAGGGCUGCGAAAGAGGAGCAGUGCGGAGGGCAGGAGGGGCAGCAGCGUUUGCAGGGUGAGGAGGCAAGGUCAGUGGUUUUCCAAAGAUAGUAACAGAACAACAACAACAACAACAAAGAUUAAAAAGUUAAAACAGUGAAAUUACUAGCCAGCAUGAGUUGUGAACCUGAGUGAAAAGCUUUGUAUUCCAAUUGCAUUUGCUUAGUUAUUUCACAUUUUAAAAAGAACAAUAGCAAGACAAAAGAUCACUUACUUCUCAAGAUUUAAAAGGAAAUCUGCUUUGGACAUUUGGAGGGCAAACCAAGACCAAGGUCUCUUGAUCCACUUGUGGCUGCUCCCAGCACCCUGGGUAUUGUUAGGGGAGGUGGAUUCAUCCAGCAGCACAGGGGGGCUGUGGAACCUCCUUUCUGAGGCGUGCUCAGGUGCCCCGAGCCAGUACCACCGCGACAGUCUCACAGCACUUCCCACCUCUGGUUACCUGUGAAGCAGCCAGCUGCUUCUAGCUUGCCUUCACAGAUCAGAGACUCCGUUUCCUCCCUGCCUGACCCUUUUAGUCUUGCCUGUCCGCAGUGGGAGAAUUGACACGGGGGCCUUCUCGGGGAGAGAGUUUUGAAGGUAAACUGUCUCCGUGGCUUUUCCAAGUGCCCACAGACACCCAGAGAGCCAUUCUGCUUAGGAAGUAAUGUAAAUAAGCUAGUGCUCUUCGGCAGCUCUGCUCCUCUUGUCCAAUGUAGAAGCGUUCUUAAGAAUUAUGGUAAUGUCUUCCAUCGAAGCAUGCUUUUUAUUUGUUAUCACUUCUCAAGGGCCUUAGCAAUUGCUCCUCUGGGGAAGUGUUGAGACCCAAUUCAGAUGUGGCAGUGAGGUGUCAGAUGUCCCCCAUGGCCCCGACUGACGCAGAAAUAGGGGAAGAUUCUGUUAGGUUGAGAGACUCCAGUCUGGAAAUCACCAUGCCAAUUUAUUUACCUGAGAGCUAUCCUGAUGUAAUAAACUGCUCACAAUUAGCAAUCCCAUCAUUUUAACACCUUUUUUUGUCCUCUCUGACAAUUAUAAAGUAUUGGGGAUCCUCUAUGAUUUACCUGUAAUUUUAGAUGAUUUUGAAAAUGUGUAUAUAUAUUUAGUAAUCAGAUAUAUUCUACUUUCCUGUCAUCCAACUGAGAUGCAGUGUCAUGGCUGCAUGGGGCUGGGCCUUGGUAUGGUCAUUUAAGAGUUCAGUGCUCACACAUAUCUGCUUAUCUCGAUGAAAUGCAUUCUGCAGCAUGGCCCUCAUUUGUACACAUAGCAGGGGUCAGAAGAGGGGGCUUUAGCUGGCAGAGAGUAGCAGUGGUCACGGCUGGAGUGUGGGAACUGGUGGCCAUGCUGUGCAGCUCUUCAAGGGGAAUCCUUAGUGGGAAGUGGCAGUUUCAGCAAGGACCCCACCAUGUUGGAAAUGUGAAUGACAGCUGCAGGUUUCACCCCAGUCUCAGAGUCGCUCACUGUUAAGUUUCACUGUGUCCUUUAGUGAUGACUUUAGACACCAACUGUCCCUACCACAUCAGCAGUUUCAAGAUAAAAAGAGCCAAAGCUGCAUUAUCACCAGCCUUUGUUCUUAACAAAGGAUACAGCAGAACCAAUGUGCAGACUCGUGGGCUUCAUCGUUGGUCUCCAAAAGAGGAGGUCCACACAUGAUUUGAUAAUUUUUGAUAGUACAAAUGUUGGAUUUGCAAAGCUUUAAAAUAAUCAUUCUGGAGAGAGAUCUAUAUGAGGCCAUUGGCAGAAUGCAGUAAAUCUUUAAAGAAUAUUAGUUGUUAUCUUAGAAAAUACAGUGGGAGGUGAAAAUUCCAAGAACACUUUAUUUUAAACUAUCCUGGGUAACACUUGGCUCUUGGUAUCAGUGGAUCAGCACCACAUUCUUCCCAGGGCAGAAGCCAGUUGGAGCCCCAGUUUCCUUUUGGAUCCGUAAAGUACACAGAUUCCAUUUCCCAAGCGUGGGAUCUGUUUUCCCCAGCACGUUGCUGGCUGCUGUGUUGUCGCGCAGAGCUGUGUCUCUGGGUCUGCCUUGGAAGCGCACCCGGGAGAUGUCCCUGGAAUGACAGGCUGACCUGUCACCAGCAGAUACACGGGACGUGGAUGGAAUUCUCGUUUCCUCUGGUUCUUUCGUGUAGUAACUCACUCUUUUUGUAGAGUCUCAGUCUUGUACAAAAGCUUUGGAUACUGUGAAAAUGUUUUACAUUCCAUUUCAUUUGUGUUGUUUUUUUAACUGCAUUUUACCAGAUGUUUUGAUGUUAUCACUUAUGUUAAUAGUAAUUCCCAUAUGUGUUCAUUUUAUUUCCAUGCUUUUCCUGCCAUGUAUUCACUUGACUAAAAUCACUCGGUUGAUCAA